AACCCGUAUGUGGUCAAUAUGGCGAAACGGGCUAACGUGCAGUCUUAAAGAGAAGGGUAGAAAAAUAAAAAUAUGUUUUUAGUGUUACGGAUGUAGGAGGAAGUAUGGAUUCCAUGGAGUUUAACGGAGACCCGGAGUCUCCCUCUACCCGCGAUCAUGUGGAAGCCGGGGAUGCGCUUCGGGAGACGGAGAGUGACACGGAGUCCACGGCGUCCAGUUACAGUAACUCCGACUGCUCCGAUGACCUCGAGCCUGAGUGGUUGGAUGAUGUCCAGAAGAACGGGGAGCUGUUCUACCUUGAGCUGAGUGAGGGAGAGGAAGAGGCCGCAAUGGUCCACUCCAGCGUCACUCAGGGGCUGAGCACCAAUCACGUGCGCUUCAGUGACAAGGAGGCAGAAAUCAUCACAGACGGGAGCAAGAACAAGGAGCGGUAUAAAAGGGAGCCCAGACUGAAGAAGCUGGUGAAGAUCCUGAGGAAGAAGCGGCCCUCCCAGCGCCGCAUGGACACGCCCCAGGCCCUGCGGCCCGCCUCCAUUCUGAAGAACCAGGCGGGCCAGCGGGCCGGGCUCGUGGUGCAGCAGCAGCAGCUGAAGGAGGUCUUCGUCUAUCUGAAUCCCAAGCGGCUGGGGUGGCGCUCACCCUCUCCGGAGAGGGGCGGGCUGCUGCAGGCACUACUGGGGGUGGUGCACCGGCCCUCCUGGGGGCGGGGUGAGGCGCAGGGCCGUAGGGAGGAGCGGCUCACCGUCCACGGCCUCCUACCCAACAGCCCUGCCAUUAGGGGCGGGCAGGUUCUGAUUGGGGAUGUUCUGGUUGCUAUUGACGACGUGGAUGUGACAUCAGAGAACAUCGAGCGGGUCCUUUCCUGCAUUCCGGGUCCAACUCAGGUGAAGCUGACGCUGGAGACUGCCUCUCCGGGGGAGGGCCUGGAGCCAGAGCCCCCCAGUGGCCGGCCCUCGCCGCCUGUCAGCCAGCUGGUGAAGCUUCUGUGGGGUGAGGAUCUAGUGGAGCUGCAGAUGUCCAUCAGCCACAUACCUCACAUCGUCAUGUACCUCAGCCUCAAGCUGGACUCGGAGUCGGCCAAAGACGAGCAGGAAAUUCUGUACCAAUUCCCCACGACUCAGGCAUCCACACAACUCAAAGGGGUGAGGGGGGUGUUCCUGACCCUCUGCGACAUGCUGGGGAGCGUCACCGGGGGACGGAUCGUGAGCUCAUCUCUGUUGCUCAGUCAGCAUCUGGUGCACGUGGGCUACUGGAAGGAAGGGGAGAGGCUGCUGGUCGUCGGCCUGCCCGCAGACAGGGUCCCCCUCCUGCACCUGAAGACCGUCAUCGCCAACUUGGUGCGGACCCUCAGGGUGAUGUACGGCUCAUUAGACAGGGCCUUCUCCGAGGAGGAGCACUGCCCUCGGCUGGACUGCUUCUUCUCCCUCUUCUUCCAGCGGCUGAUCGAUAGCCCCGGGGCCCCAACUCCGGAUGCGGCGGGCGCCCUCUUCUUGGAUGGGCUGCCGGCCGUACGCUGGCUCACACUGCCCCCUGAGGUCAAGGUUGACAUCGAUACGAUUCUAUCUGAUUUUGAGUCGUCCGAUUUUGGAGAGAUGGUGAGUGUGCACCCUGCCCUGGGNNNNUGUCUCUUCUACAAAGGUUACCUGUUAGCCAGCCACCUGCCUAAGGAGGACCUCCUGGACGUGGCCCUGUACUGCCAGCACUUCGGCCUCCUGCCCCUGGCCUCUGAGCAGCGUAUUGGCCAGCUGGUCAUCUGGAGGGAGGUGUUUCCCCACCGCCUCAGCCAAUCGGCAGCCUCGGGGGUGGAGCAGGGCUACAGCGAGCCCCAGGGAAGGCGUUUCCUGCUCAUCGUGGGGGUGAGGCACUUCAUGCAGUGCGUGCUGCUGGAGGCGGGGGGGUGUGCGGCCCCCGCCCUGGGCUCCCCGGGGCCCGACUGUGUGUACGUGGACCAGGUAAAGGCCACGCUGCUGCAGCUGGAGGGCCUGCAGACGGCCUUGGAGGAGCGCCUGGCCGCCCCCCCCGCCCCCUGCCUCUCCUGUGCCGACUGGUUCCUCCCGGCGGGCCGCGAGCGUCAGGACGGCCCCGUCGGCUCGCCCGUCUUCGGCAAGCUGGUGGGCUCCAUCAGGGCGUCCUCGCCUGCGGGGAGGCGGGGCCUGUUUGGGGACAGUGCCCCCUCGCUGCGCGCCCGUAGGCCCAGCCCUCAGCGCAGCCUGUCCGACAGCGGGAGCGACGGGCCCCCAGAUGGGGCCCCUUUCUUGGGGCUGAGCCCCCACUCCACCCCGGACUCCACACGGAAGCUGACAGGCCGCAGGGACUCCCUGGGCUCGGGGGGGUCAGAUGGCAGCAGUGGCAGCGGGGGCCUCUUUAAGAUGCCCAAGAAGAAGCACCCAAACCCCUUCUACCUGGGAACACUGAAGAGGAGCCUGUCGGAGAGGGACGCCGAGGCCGCCUACAGCACCAUGAAGCUGAGCUCCGGCACCGAGAACACGCUCUUCCACUACGUGUGCAUGGAGACGGUGCAGGGCAUCUUCAUCGCGCCCACGCACCGCGAGGUGGCCCAGCUCAGUGGCUCUAUCCACCCCCAGCUUAUCCGCAACUUCCACCGCUGCUGCCUGUCCAUCCGGGCUGCCUUUCAGCAGAGCCUGACAUCCUGGGAGAGGCAGGGCACAGACGGGCACCAGGGACCCCGGGGUCUGGGCCCUGUGAAGGAGCACGGUGUCCUGUUCCAGUGCAAGCCAGAGAACUGGAACGAGCAGAAGAAGCCAGCACCCACCAUGACCUACUGGGUAAUCGGGCGGAUGCAUCUGGAGCCCGUCCCUCAGGAAUUCUACGUGUGCUUCCACGACUCGGUGACCGAACUGCCCGUGGAGAUGGCCUUCAGGCUGUCCUUUGGCUUGGCGUUGUGAUGCCACUCUUCAAGGGUCGUGGACUGACUUCAGCUUCAGGGCCAGACUGUGCCGCUGGUGGGUGCUGACUGAGCGCAGAUACCUGCCCCCUGGUGGUGGGAGGAGAAGGCGCCUGCACGAAAGCACCAAUGAGCAAAUGGGAGCGGCAGCCUUUUAUUUAAGAUGCAUUUCAGAAAUGUUUUAUAUAUUUGGAGUUUGUAAUAGAAAUUUUCAGUCAUUCAGUGUAAAUAUAAAAAUAAAAUUUUACUUGUGAAGUUUCAAA